GGGAAGAAUACCGGUAGCCGGCAGUGACUUCUCGCUCCGACCCUAUAGUUAUGACGACAACCCAAUCCCUGACUUUGAACUCAAAAACUUUAGUCUAGCUUUCGAGGACCAAACACUCAAACUACCAUACAUUAAAUAUGCUCAAAAGGUAAGUUUAUAUAAACUGAAACUAUUUGGUAGUCCGUGGUCAGCACCGGCCUGGAUGAAAAACAAUACCCGGCUAAAUAGGGGUGGGUAUCUCAUUGACAAACCCGGCGGCAAAUACUAUAAAGCAUUCGCUCACUAUUUAGUAAAAUUUCUUGACGCAUACAAAGCGAAUGGAGUUCCCAUUUGGGGCCUGACUAUGGAGAACGAACCCUUGCAUUCCGAUCCCAACUAUUCAUUCAAUAGUUUGGGUUUUACAGCAGAACUUCAGCGCGACUUUAUUAAACAGGAUUUGGGACCCAUUCUGGAAGAGGCCGGUUAUGGCGUCAAUACCACCAAACUUAUGAUAUUUGAUGAUAAUAUCAACCAACUGUUGCAAUGGGCGCAGACUAUAUUAGCGGACAGGGAUGCGGCCAAAUAUAUCUCAGGCACUGCUGUGCACUGGUAUGAGAAUAACGACACAAACAUCGCAAUCCUCGAUAAGGUUCAGGCGUUGGACGAAAUGAAGUUCAUUCUGAGCACUGAAGCCAGUCUUGCGGACCAUAAACUCGGAAACUGGGAAAGCCUUAACAGAUAUGCUGGCGAUAUAUUACGGGGUCUAAAACAUGAAACGGUAGGUUGGGUUGACUGGAAUAUGGUGCUUGACGUUCAGGGGGGUCCUAAUUGGGUGCACAACUACUGCGACGGACCCAUUAGUGUCAGUGCCAUCGACGAGGAGUACUACAAGAACCCGGUUUUCUACGGAUUGGGACACUUCAGCAAAUUUAUUGAACCCGAUUCCCGAAGAAUAGACGCCAAGGAAUCACAUGUCUUACAAAACUUAACCACAAUUGCAUUCAACAGACCCGACGGCGCCACUACUCUCAUAGCACUCAAUACCGGUCCCGAUAUUGUGAGCCUCACUAUAGUU